UAUGACAAAUAAGCUUUCAUAUUUUGUUUAAGUAAAGUUUUAGUCAAACGUAUUUUCUAUUUUUAAUAAAGCAUAUUUUUGAAGGACAUAUGUAUGAACACACAUACAUGCGUACCAGUGAAAAUAAUUGGCGUGAAUUUAGUAUAAUCGCGACAUCACCUUCUGCUUCGUGUCGAAUGGGAAAUAAUUCAAUUAAAUCAAAUGAUCAAGCGCCUUAAAUAUACCUACAUACAUAGUUGAGUAUCUGCGCCAUUGCAAACUAUUAUACUCUUUCUUAUCUAAAAGAUCGGUGCGAGUGUACUGCUUAUCGUACAAUAAGAUAAGUUAUUAACAAACGAAGCGCCGGAGUGUAAGGAGCAAUAACAGUGUUUAUAUUAAAAUGAAAUGUUUUCUUAUACAUAAAUAUUUGCUGUUUUUCUUUAUAUCGCAAUAAUUGAUUAUUGAGCACGGAAGUUUGAUGAAUGCUUGAAAGAGUACAAUUUUGGUGUUAAAAACAUAAGAAAAUUUAAAAUUAUGGAAGCUGUGCAGCCAUCAGUAUCGGUUCCAGAUGGCGGUUGGGGUUGGGUGAUUGUUGCUGCUGUUGCGUUGAUAAAUAUGACAAAUCAAUAUACGCAUUCGGUUUACGGUCUACUUUUCGGUGCCAAAUUAAAGAGCAUGCAGGAGCAUACGUUUACCGCUGCAUUAAUUUUAAACUUAAGCAGUUUGACAUUGAAUUUUUCUGGUUUAUUUAUCGGCCCAGCUAUAAAGACGUUUAAGCAACGUAAUGUCGCAGCUGCAGGCAUUUUACUCGUUUCAUUCGGCUUAUUCCUUUGUGCAUUCGCAACAGCAAGCUGGCAUUUUAUUGUUAGCUAUAGCUUAUUUGUUGGCCUUGGCCUAGGUUUGAUAACACCAUCAACAUUUAUAGCAAUUAAUUCGUAUUUUACUACAAAACGUGGCCGAGCUGUGGGCUUAGCUUUAGCUGGGUCGGGCUUAGGUCAAGUGAUAGUGCCGCACUUAGUGCGUUUAAUUUUAGACUACUAUGGUUUUCGCACGACAGUGCUUGCCAUGUCACUUCUAUCGCUGUUUGGUCUUUUUGGCGCGGCGUUACUACAACCAUUCUCCCCACCAGUCAUACAUAACAAUCGACAACAUCUACGUCUAUUGUUGUCGACAGAUGAUGAAAAAAAUAAAACGGUACCGCCGCAAACGCAAGUGCGUGUUGUUGAGGCAGGCGAAGAAGCGCGAGCACAAAUAAGAAAAACAGAAGAUGGUUGCUGCAGAAAUGUUAGUCAACGUUUGGUGCAAGCUAUGGACUUAGAACUACUUCAAGACGUUACCUUCUUGAGUAUUAUUGUUGGCAUGGCAUUAGUCUAUACAUCAACCAUACAAUUUACUAUGUUGUUUCCACAUUUCCUAAUGUAUUCUGUUGGUCUUUCAACUUUCAAUACUGCGAUGUGCAUGUCUACCGUAGCUGGCGCUGAUAUCAUCUGUCGGCUUUUAUUGCCCUGCAUUACUGAUAAGUUAAAAAUACCUUAUCGUCUUGUGUUCCUUUUGGGCACGUUGGGUUUAUUCAUUUCGCGUGCAGCACUUGCUGAAUCAAUGGACUUCACUACAAUUAUUGUUAUGUCAAUUUUUACGGGCAUGACCAAAUCAGCCACGGUGUUAAAUAAUAAUUUAACAAUUUCCAGUCAUUGUCGACCCGAAAAGCUGCCCGGUGGUUUGGGCUUAAAUAUGAUUGCCAAAGGUGUACUUGUGAUUACAGUUGGUCAAUUGCUUGGCUGGAUACGUGAUUAUACACACUCUUACACGCUAUCUAUGCAUGCACAAAAUAUUUUACUACUGCUAGUAGUAUUAGUUUGGUCACCAGAGCUUUUCUGCCGAUAUAGAAAGAAGCGUGCAUUGAAACGGGCAGCGGCAGCGGAAAGAGAGGAAUACAAUAAAAUGAGUACGUGUUGAACGCCAUAGUCUUUCCAACACAUCGUAUGAAGCCAGUAUUAUUAAUUUUGGGUUAUGAGAAUCCAUCUUUUGUGUUUCAAAAUUUUUCAUCUUUGCCAGAAGUCGAAGACUUUGUAUGUAUACCUAUUUUUUUAUUUAUAAUAUAAGAUUAUAUUUAUUGCUAUUAUACAUAUAUACAUAUAUAUAUACGUAAAACUUUAAAUUUAAAUAAAAUGUUGAGAUUAAUAAACUCAAAAUUGACAGGAUUUUAUAGGUGAUAUUUUUAUCAUAAGAUUUGUAUGCAAUUAAAGACAUAAGACUAUUUUUUCUAUAUACUCUUAAAUAGUUUAUAAGUUUCU